ACCAAGCUCCCCUGCUACUGUCACGACAGCCAUCCUCUGACAGGAUCAUCAGCCCAGGAGUGAUCGACCACGGCCACUUUCUCACAUCUGCGAGGACAGGCCGCAGCACGAAGCAUCAAAGUUCCCCUGCCUGAUCAUCCCGUCGUUCUCUACGUGCCUUUGUGCGCCGGGCCGUGUUAGGAUUUCUUGGGAAAACGAAUGCAUGAUUGGAUUACGCAGAAUCUCGAACCACGUCCGACAUAUCCUCAGACGACAUCUUCACAGCAUGUGAGGGAGCGCCCGGUUCUUACUCCGUCCUGAUAGCUUUCCGAUUGCUAGCAGAGGCUGUUGAGCUAUGAACAAUGCGAUCGAUGCAUCCCCGCCAGCGAAUCCAGGACCUCGCCCCGACGCCGGCACUCGACGCAAUGGGGUUCCUGAUGGCGUAGAGACGAGGGCACAAUCGGGGGCGACGCCGGCCAACGACACCAAUGCUGGAAAUGGGCAGGCAUCCACCUCUGGGAAGGCCAAGGAGGGUCUCACCAAGAAGCUGCAGUUCUUGACGAACCUAGCUGCUAACCUGGACAUGCUGGUCUUCGCUGAGCUGUGUGCGAUGUAUUAUAUGGACUGUUCAUUCUUCCGACUAGCCAUACGAUGGAUGGCGCAGACCCUAUUCAUAAGCCCGCGAGCUGGCGAUGCCGUUCUCGUCGUGCCCAACUUCCACGUUCCUGCGAUAUUCGGUCCGAACGCUUUCUGUUUCCUGCUACACGCCAUUACCUCCCUCCCGCAAGCGACCGAGAUUUCUAGAGGUUACCUGCAUGGCGGCAUUCUUUUUGACUUCAUCGGUCAGAAACCGCCAUCAUCGAAGCUUACGCUGAUCUUGCUCGACGUGGUCAUAUUCGCGCUUCAGACUUUUAUGCUGGCCGUCAAUUCCGAAAGAGAAAGAGUGCGCGCCAUUAUCAACCCUCCUCGAAUGACGAACGCUGCCGGGGAAACGGUUGCCACGGCUGAGACAGUCGCCACCGCACAAGAUCUGGACGCCGCCGAGCGAGGAGUGCUUCGUAACGGUUCCGAAGGAGCCGACGAUGAAGAGCUGGGGCUGCAUGCAUUGGACCGGGAUGGGCUUGGUCCGAGAGAGCGGGCAGCGUUGUUGGGAUCUCAUGGCUUGGGAUCGCGAAUGAGCGAGAGCGGAGAGCUUGCAGAUGUCUUGAGAUCUGGCAAUGCCACAUUGUCCAAUUUUAAUAUACCUCAGGCGCUAAGGACUUCGUGGAGGACGCAAGGAAGCACACCUCAGAAUGCCGCGGCCUAUACGCUCCAGAGCAUGGGCUACAAUGCCACGCUAGCGGCACUUGCUGCUCAAAGGAGAGCUAGACGAGCAGCUGCGCAGCAAGGACAAACCUAAUGCAUUUACCAGAAUGGAGUUCCCAUGA